AUGGCAAGUUUGCAGCUGGGGAUGAGAGCCACAACUCUGUAUCAUUGGGCUGGAAUCCUGGAUGGUCGCUAUUCCCACCAAACCUUAGGAGAACUAUUUGAUAGUGAUGAUCGUUUUGCAGGGGCAAGGAAAAGAAUUCAAGCAGCACAGUGUUUAAUUAUCGAUGAAAUAAGCAUGUUGUCUUCCCGUACAUUUGCCAUUAUUGAAUUUGUGUGUCGUCAUGUGAAGGGAAACGACCAAGUGUUUGGUGGAUUGCAGGUCAUAGGAUGUGGAGAUUUUAAACAGUUACCUCCGGUUCCCAACCUUCGAUAUGAGGAUGACGGAAGUUAUUGCUUCCAAAGUGAGAAAUUCAAUAUGACAUUUCCUCAUCAUAUUAAUCUCUUGGAGAUAAAGGAAAUCAUUAGGCAACAACCCAAAUCACCACAACAAUGGACUCAAGCAUUCAGCAUGCUGAAUAGUUUUGUGACCAGUGAGCUGCAUUUGACAUCCAUGCAGAAAUUGUUCCAGAAUGAAUUUGUAACGAAACUGCAAAAUAAACUUUCCACAAAAGUAGCCUUUUGGCUCAUGGAUAAAGAGAUUGCAAAGAUGGCAGCUGACAUUGUUCAAAAACAAGCAGAAGAAGCGGAACAGCUACAAAUUCACUCUGAAUUAUCUUCUCUAGCUAAAGGGAAGAUUCGUUAUCUUGCUGGAGCUUGUGUACAAAGAGUCGCAAAGAGAGUUAGAGAAUCUGUGUUAAGAACAGUGGGCAAGUGUAGCAAGAAAAGUAGAACACUUAGGAAACUAGAGUACAAGAAACAGGCCAUGUUGAAAAACUUUCGGGUUAGUGAACAGGACGUUGAUACGAAUGAGGACACUAUGAAUGAAAUUGAAUUUAAACAAGGCCCCUCAAGAGGACUUACCAUUGUCAGUGAGCCAGUGUAUGAUUUUUUUGUAUUGUUAAAUCAGGUCACCCAAAAAAGUCUCAGUGAUAAAUAUUUCCAUUUGUAUUAUGAAAAUUUGCACACCAAAUGUAGAGAGGCUGUAGAUUCAGAUAACAAUUUGAUUGAUACUUGGAUUUCACUGUUUGAAAAUAUUAAUCUCAGUGAUGAUUCUGAAAUAGAAGAUGAAUUAUACUUAACACUUAUCAUGGAACUAUUUAGAGAUGUCACUGAACAUUUUAUGCGAAUUGCCUUUGUUGAUGCACUGCGUCAUUUUAAAACAACAGUGCCACGAAAGAAGAAGCAGGCUUUACGAACAAAAGUACAAGCUUUGGGUGAUAGAGACACUUCAACCUCAAAGGCAAAGAAAUCCAAAGUAAAUAAAACUGUGGAAAGCACUGAAACCUCAAAGGCAGAAAAAUCAACAGUUGGUGAAUCGGCUCAAGAAGAGGUUUUCAUCUGCAAAAAGUGUAAGGCUGAAUGUGAAUGGGAACCAGCUGAGGUGAAGAAUGAAAGUCUUGCAUGUGACAAGUGUAAUGGCUGGUUCCAUUAUAAAUGUGUAAAUCUAAAAGGAACAGAAGCUUUCCUGAAAAAAUCAAAAUCAUCAUGGUUUUGUGCUGGCUGCAGCAAAAAGGGAAAAGGACGAGGAAAGGGCAAAUCUUGA